AUGAGUGACAAAAAUCAAGACUACAGUGUUGGCAAUCUUUUAGAGAAUGUACCGUUGGUAAGAAGUGACGGUGAUGAAGUAUUCGAAACAUUGAUCAGUAAGGAAGGUGUAAAGAUUGAGAGAAUCAUUUCUAAUGGUCAGUCUUCACCACCCGACUUUUGGUAUGACCAAGACCAAGAGGAAUGGGUGUUUGUCUUACAAGGAUCUGCCACCCUAGAGAUGAAAAACACUGAUGACUCAAGCAGACUAAUCGAUCUAGUAGCCGGUUCCUAUGUUCAAAUUCCAGCACACCAAAAACAUCGUGUUGCCAAGACAGACACCACACAACAAACCAUUUGGCUAGCUUUAUUCUUUUGA